UGUUAAAUUGUUGUGCUCGGGUAGUGGACGAUAAUUCAAUUUUCUCAUGUCGCUGUUGUGUUAUUUAGUGAAUUACAAUACAAGGAGCCGUUUAUUUUGUUAUUCCUUUGUGAACAGACAUUGUUUUUCGUCGUUUACACCUGUAUCCUCGUAUUAUUAAUCGAUGAGUUACUGCCCGUUAACGAAUCAAUGUUAGUCAAAUGCCAUCUUAGACCAAGCAUACAUCAUGCUUUCGAUCGCAAAUGUCAAACGAUUUGCGAGGCGGCCAGACAUCUACAUUGCUGCUUUCCUAGGCUGCUUGACCCUAACCUACGGCAUAGCUACUUCGUACUACAAAGCAUCGCACGAGGGGGUGGACGUCAGCUUAUUUCUAGAGUUUUCCCUUCAAAAUAGAGACAGAGAGUCAUCAGACUACGACCUCCCUUUCACACAACAGGAAAAAGACGAGUUUAGGAUACGUCAGCUCCUCCUCUCGUCCUAUGACGGGAGGUCCAUGUCGAGUUACGAGACACCACGAAGGUUCGUCCCUUUGGAGGAAACUCUCGGAUAUAUUAAAGGAUUGGGUGAUUCCCUGCAGCAGCAGACGUUUAAGAAGGUAAACGUCACAGAAUACUCAGCGGAAUACAAUUUGAUGCAUAAAGCCAUACUUCACAGGGGCGUUCCCAGGGUGGUGGAAGGUUCAAUGUACGUCAGAAGACCCCCAAAUUCUCUUAAACUAAAUCUAGGAUCUAGAUCAUCUCAAUGGCAACCAAAAAGUCAGAACUUGACUCGAGUGUCAGAGUAUUUUUCGUAUUUACACACGCCUCAGGCACACUGUCGCAAAUUAGUCAGAUUUGGCGGAAAUCCUAUGUGUAAAUCAGUUGGAGAUGACUAUCACAUGGAUGGAAAUAAGUUAAUCUGCCUUGACCCUGAAUUUGAGCUCCCUGGAGGGAAAGACCCAGCCAACUGCCUUGUGUUCUCUUACGGCAUCCAUACAGAUAGCUCAUUCGAUGAAACCAUCGCUGCCCUGCCCUGCGAAAUUCAUAUGUUUGACAUCUUCAACUUCACGCCGUCUCAAGUCCUGCAAUACUACCCACAUAGUCAUUUCCAUCAAAUUGGAAUCAGUACCAGUAACAUGGCCAAGUUUUACACCAAGUUGAAUACAACAAUUAAGGUUGAUACACUAAUUAACCAAGUGGUGAAGAAUAACUUGAUUGGAAGACCAAUGCACAUCUUGAAGGUUGACAUAGAAGGUGGAGAAUGGGAUACAUUGCAAAGCCUAAAAGGAAAUCCGUUUCUAGAACUAAUAGGCCAGAUUGCCAUUGAAGUCCACGCAUCGGGUCUUUUAUCAAAAAACAUGACAAGCUCCGACAAGCUUCAGUACGCUCGACAACGUUACGACACUCUCAGACUAAUUGAAAAUCAUGGUUUUCGAAUGGUAGCCUACUGGGAUAACCUUCAACCUGAAGCCUAUUAUGACGAAUCAGGGACUCGUCAUGAUGUAUGUGGAGAGAUGCUUUACACUAAUACAAAUUGGUACAAUUCUACUUUCAAGAAGACUUUGAAGGACAAAUAUGGCUUUAAAUUCAAAGCCACAACAUAGUUUAAAUAAAAAUUUUCUCGCU